GCUGCCCUUCUUGCUUCAACAUUCGCUACUUUCCCACUUUCAAUUUCAAACUUGAACGCCUACCGCUAACCCUAUUUUUCUCUCCUCUCCUAUAUGCGCUGAGAGUUUUGCAGCUUGUUUGAUCUAGCCAGAUUUGGAUUGACGUGUUUCUGAAAUGCUUCCACUCUCUCUCCUCAAAACUGCCCAGGGGCAUCCCAUGCUGGUGGAGCUGAAAAAUGGGGAAACUUAUAACGGGCAUUUGGUCAAUUGUGAUACUUGGAUGAAUAUUCAUCUCCGCGAAGUCAUCUGUACAUCGAAGGAUGGAGAUAGGUUCUGGAGAAUGCCAGAAUGUUAUAUUCGUGGGAAUACAAUUAAAUAUCUUCGAGUCCCAGAUGAGGUGAUUGAUAAAGUUCAAGAAGAAACAAAAAGCCGGACAGACAGGAAGCCACCUGGUGUCGGGCGUGGCAGGGGAAGAGGUAGAGAUGAUGGUGCUGCUGGCAGACAGGGAAAAGGAAUUGGGCGUGGAAUGGAUGAUGGAGGUGCCAAAGGCCGUGGGAGAGGAGGUCCUGGUGUCAAGGCUGGUGGAAAAGGUGGAGGUCGUGGGCGUGGCUAAUAUGCCCGAAGGAUCAAUUGAUGGCAGGAUUGCCACUUUUAGAGGCAUGGUAGAUGUGUUAAUUCUGGAGUUGAAGAAACAUCUCGCUUAUCCUGCCUGGUGGUUGAAGGGUGGUGUAUUAAAAUGUAUUUAGGUGUGUGUUAUUCCUUUCUUUGUUAAGUGUUUAGUUGGAUGGAAUGUAAUAUACUAAUCCCCUUUUGAAAUGCUCACUUUAUGGGAGUGGGAAAUUCCCUACACAUCUACUGCUAUGUUGUCCUUUGGGUAAAAUGUCAUUUGCAAACUUAAAAGAGAACUUGAUGGUAUGGUGAAACUAAUGGAAAUUAGUGUUUUUUUUUAGUCU